UGCUUUGUUGGUAGGAUAUUCUCAUGAAGUCAAAAACCUACAGCAUUUCCGCGCCUCUCGCUACCGUAAAGCAUAAAGUACACUCGCACCAGAAACUGAAAAGUAACGGGAACUGAGCUUGUCGGAUGUGAGAGCGACCAGGAAACAGUCCAGAUGAUCAGAGGCAGUCUGGAAGCGGACCAGUGGUGAAAACCGAACCGACGUUCAUAACUAGGUAAAAACAUUUAAAGAAAUGGCAAACAGUGAAUCAGUAAGUGUUUCCCAGAUGUGGCAAGCAGACUCACAGAGAACAACCUUGUUCAGAAAAGAGCAAAGUGGCGUCAAUUACAGAAUCCCAGCUCUAAUCUAUAUUAAUGAUGGCCAAACAUUUCUUGCGUUUGCUGAGAAGAGAACAUCGUCUAGUGAUCAUGAUGCCACUUUGCUGUUUAUGAGGAAAGGAACACGGCAGGAUGGGACCAUUCAGUGGUCACCUGUUCAGGAGCUUAGCACAGCUUGUUUGCCAGGACAUCGCACCAUGAACCCAUGUCCGGUGUAUGAGAAAGAAACUAAGACUCUCUUUCUGUUUUUUAUCUGUGUGGUGGGUAAUACCUCAGAGCAUAACCAAAUUCAGUCCGGUAAGAACAAGGCUCUGCUGUGUUACGUCACCAGUAGUGACAAUGGGCAAAAUUGGAGCAGCGCAAAAGAUCUGACAGAAAGUGUGAUUGGAGGUGAAAUUAGAAAUUGGGCCACGUUUGCUGUUGGACCUGGCCAUGGCAUUCAAAUGAAGAGUGGCCAACUCAUCAUUCCUGCUUAUGCCUAUUAUAUAAACAGGAGGGAUGAUAAACAACCACAUACAAUUUCCCAGUCUUUUGCAUUCUAUAGCGAUGAUAAAGGGGCCACAUGGAAGUUUGGAGAAAGAGUAACCACUGAAUCUUGUGAGUGUGUGAUGGCAGAGAUUAUUGACAAAGAGAGCAGGAGUCACUUAUAUUGCAAUGCAAGAUGCACAAAAGAUUGUAGGGUUGAAAGUCUGAGCGAGACCAGUGGAAAAGCUUUCGGGACACCUCAGUUUCCACGAAACCUAGUAGAAACUGGUACUGGCUGCCAGGGUAGUGUUUUGAGCAUUGCAGUGUCUUCCGAACAAAAGUCAACAUCAAACACUGAGAACUGGCUCCUUUUUUCUCAUCCAACUGACAGAAAAAUGAGAAUGAAUCUUGGGGUGUAUUUAAAUAAAUCUCCUCUUAGUGGCUCUGGUUGGAGCAAACCAUGGAUCAUACAUCACGGGCCCAGUGGAUACUCAGAUCUAAGUAUAUGCGAGCAGCCUGAUCGUUUUGCCUGCCUCAUGGAGUGUGGGGAGCAAAGUGAGCUUGAAGAAAUAGCCUGUGGAAUUUUCUCUCAGUGAUCUCUUGAACAUUCAGUAGAUAGAAUUACAUGCAUGUGAUUAAUCAAAAUAUUGAAAAGCACUUAAAUCAGAAUAAAAUUCUCAUCAUGGUUAGAAUUCAGUUUGUACAGCACUUAAAAAAACAAACCACAACACACCUCAAAUUUAAAUAUAAAUGUAAAUUCCUACAGAGUAACCAAUAGUGGAACCUAAAGUGGGCAUUUUCUUAUGCUGAAUGCAUCUGGCUGUGGUUGACAUUGAUACAGUACUAUUUUUAUAUUGCUUAUGAUAUUUUAAUGCUUCAAAGGUAUGAUUAAUAUUAAUGUGCUGCUCCACUGCACUCUACUGAUGUUUAGGCAUUUGGAGAAUGUGGUUAUUCUAAAGGUUAAUUACAUUAUUUUUUGUGUAGGCAUUUAGACUUACAGGAGUGUUAUGCUUGCUUGCGUGUUAUUUUUUUGCACAUUAUUAGUUAUUCAGAGUAUUACUAGAUUUCAGAUGGCAAAACUUUAGUUAGUUAAUAGCUGACAGUAAUUCAUGCCAACAAACAACAAAAAAUCUAUAUAAUAAAGCAUCAAUGUUAAUUUAAAGUAAAUGUUUUUGCUUUGUUAUUGAAAAAUAUAUUAUGCAUUUAAUAAUUUUUAAAAUAAAAAUGUUUAUAUUA